AUGUUUGGUGCAAUGGAGCGCGGGGAAAAUGUUGGGGUUUUGCUGACCAGCAGCGGUUAUGGAUCCAAUAACCACUGUCCAGUGGCAGCAGCCACCACUGGUCUCCGUGUUGCCGCCAGUGGUAACCAGUUCGAGGCAACUGCCUAUUGCCAUCGUGUCGGAUUCAUCAUGCAACUUUUGCUGUCAUUUUUGUUACCCGAGUCCUCCGGGGCAACGGAUGAGUAA